AACACCUCCCACUCCAACUCUAUCCGUCUUUCACUCUCCCUACUACUCUCAUCAUGCCUGGACACUUCGGCCAGAAAAUCCUCAACACCCUCGGAAUCGACCAUCACGGUCACCACGGCCAUGGCCAAGGCCAACCCUACCAACAGCCGCCCCCACCAGGCGACAACCGUCUCGCCGGCAACCGCGUCAUCCACAACGACGAGCGCCUCCUCUCCCCCCACCCCGCCGGCACCUACCCACGCCUCGCGCGCCUCCACGACGGUCGCAUCCUUGCCUCAUUCACGCGAUUUGUUGGCGGCGGUGAACGUGUCCUAAUGGUCUCAAUCAGCGAGGAUAACGGCCAAACUUUCACCGACCAUGGCGAAAUCACCCGCGGCAAGGGCGACGUCGACAACGUGUACCUUCUCGAGAUCGGACCUGGAACUGUCCUUGCUGCCUUCCGUAAUCACGAUAUUGGUCCUGGUGGCCCUUCACACUUCCGCAUCACUGUUUGCCGUUCCACGGACGCCGGGCGCAGUUGGUCCUUCGCCUCCCAGGCCGCAGAGAAGCCCGCCCCCUUGGGUAUCUGGGAACCGUUUAUGAGACUGGGUCGUCGGCCGGGCGAGAUCCAGCUCACGUAUUCGCAGGAGUUUGCGCAUAACAACCAGUGCACCAUGCUGGUGAGGUCGUAUGAUGGGGGUUCGUCGUGGUCGGCACCGCAGUGUCUGCACGGGGCGGAGGAUCAGCGCAGAGAUGGUAUGAAUGGUAUUGCGAGGACGUGGGAUCAGGCGAGGAAUUGCGAAGCGUUGGUUAUGGUCUUUGAGACGACCACGUAUGGCACGUUCGAUGUCGAGGCGUUGGUUAGUUACGAUGAUGGCGAGACGUGGGGUGGCAGGCAGCAGGUGUAUGUGCCCGCGCAGGGACACAACGCGGGAGCCCCUCAGAUCGCUAGUCUCGGUGAUGGAUCAUUGGCUGUCAUCUUCAUGUGCGAUGAGGAUUUUGAUGAGGUAAACUGGACCAAGAAUGCUUGUGUCAAGGUCGUCUUUGGGUCCAUGCCCCAUGACGGGAGGAUUAUGUGGACGAGGCCCACGACAGUGUGUCGGGAUUCGAGUCACUGGCCGGGUAUCUUCACUCUCGAUGACAGACGGUUGUUGGCGCUGUAUGAGUGUGGUGGUCCUAAGGCGAAGACGAUUGCGUUGGAGUGGUAGUGGCUAUAUACCUAUUUAACGGCGACAUUGCAUGUAAUAUGAGUUUAGCCUGAUUGAUGUAAAUGACAUGUUAUUCUCAG